UCCUUUUGCCUCAAUCAUAAAACACCAAACACUUGCACUGUUGCACACCUCUCUCUCUCUCUCUCUCUCUCUCUCUCUCUCUCAAUCAGUUGAUAAUCUUUCUUAAUGCAAGCCAAACAGGAAAGAGAAAAAAAGGGGCAUAAUAUUUAUUGUCAGAUUAGGGGCUCAGAACCCUUAACAGACAAUCAUCAGAAUUAAAUUCCCUUCACAAUGAGGCAUCAUGAGGGAGCUAAGAGAUUGCAUUUUAAUACGGAUUUUUCCCUGUGAUUUGCGAAGAAAUAGAAGCUGAAACACGGAGAUGCAGGUUUUGUGCUGUGGAUUUUGCUUGGAGUUUGAUAUAAAUUAAUCUAAGUUAAAAUAUUUGCUGAACCAUCUCGGGAGUUAUCCGGAGGGUGGUCUUGAAAAUGGAGGAUCAGAUAGCUUUUGGUGAAGUGCCUUCAGUGGAUUUGCUCAGGGAAAUAAAAUUGGAAGAAGAUGAGGAAGAGUUUCGGAGCUGUUGCGGAGAUGAUGAAGUAUGGAAGGAGCAUGAAGAAACAGAGAAGGAAGAGCUUGGGGAAAAUCUUGAUGAAUUUUCAGUGAAUAUGUUUUUCAAAGGCAUCUCAAUAGCCGAGGCAGGGGACUCUGGUUCUGGGUUUUCUGGAAUUGGUGUUGUCAUGGAAAGAACAGCAAACGUUCCUCUCAUUCAGGUGCAAAAGAAGCUGGAUUUCUAUGUGGAGGAAUCUGUUGCUGACUAUUUGGCUCUCAUGGAUGGUCUGACUGAGGCUUUACAGCAUAACAUCUGCCGAGUGUAUGCAUUUACUGAUUCUGACAUGUUAUAUGAUCAGAUAACACAUGAGGAGAAAGUUGAGAUCCCGCUUCUAAUUGCUCUGAGGCAAAGGAUCCUUGAACAUGCCAGUAACCUGGAAAUGUUUGUACUCGAAGUCAUUCCCAGAUUUGAUCUUGAGAGGCCAUUGCGUUUAGCCCAAGUGGCAAUUGGGGUUGUCUCUUUUCCUGCCGAUGGAAAUAAAUCACGUGACAACUGUUCCAUCUGUUGUGAGGAAAAGAUAUCACCAAUGAUGAUCACAAUGAAAUGCUCCCACAAAUUUUGUUCACAUUGUAUGAGAACCUAUGUUGAUGGAAAAGUACGGUCAUCUCAAGUACCAAUCAGAUGCCCUCAGUUAGGAUGCAAAUAUUAUAUCUCCAGCACAGAAUGCAGAUCGUUUUUGCCUCUCACUUUGUAUCAAUGUUUGGAGAAAGCUCUUGCAGAAGCUGAUGUUCUCCACUCAGAUAGAAUCUACUGCCCAUAUCCAAAUUGUUCUGUCCUGCUUGAUCCCCUUGAAUGUCCGUCAGCUAGAGCAAGUUCAUCAAUUCAGUCUGAUAACAGUUGUGUUGAGUGCCCAGUUUGUCAAAGGUUUAUCUGUGUGGAAUGUGGUGUUCCUUGGCAUUCUUUGAUGAGCUGUGAAGAGUUUCAGAACCUGCCAUUGGAAGAAAGAGAUACUGCAGACAUUGCCUUGCAUUGUCUGGCACAAAAUAAAAGGUGGAGGCGGUGCCAACAAUGCCGGAGGAUGAUUGAGCUCAUGCAAGGUUGUUAUCAUAUGACCUGCUGGUGCGGGCAUGAGUUCUGUUAUUCUUGUGGUGCUGAAUACAGGGAUGGGCAACAGACCUGUCAAUGUGCUUUUUGGGAUGAAAACAAUUCUGAAGAUUUUGUUACACAGUCCGUCCAAGAAUCAGAACAAUGGGCAUGGGAGACUUUUAACUCACUACCCAUGCUUGUGGAUGCUUACUCAGAUCAGGAGAGAUCACAACUGGCACUGAUCCAGAGAUUUCUCGCCGGGGGAUUCAGUUUAAGUGAUCAUCACCCAUAUCAAUCCCCUCCCCGCUGUACAGACUCGUAUAUAGAUGCUAUGAAGGAUCUUCAUCAGCUUCCUUGGCUUGAGAGGUUCGUCUCCGUGAUAAGUGACAACUACUAUGAAGACUAUAUUCAGUGAAGCUAAUAUAGGACUGCUAAGAAAUUAGAAAAAAGUUGCAUGUCUUCAGAACAAUGGUUAAAAAGGAGGUAAAAGAGCUUCUUACUCGAUUUACUCCAUUUGCAUUUACAAGGGAGUGCAGAAUUGGCACUUUUUCCUUUGUAGUUUGUAACUGUAUGCUGGAUGAUGUGACCUUAAAGGUCCUUGCGUUAGAACAAAAGGGAGGAGGCACUAUAUGAUGAUUGCUUUUUCCUGGAAAGAAAAUGAAAAAUAGAUAAAUUUUUAAUUAA